GGAUAGGAUUGUGAACUAUUUGAAGGAAAGAGCAUAUAAAAGGGACUGGUUGAAAUGGGAUUAUAUAUUCCCUCACAUCACGUGCUAGGAGCCUGUCGACUCGACUCGUAACAGGAGUAACUACCGCCCGGAAGGUGGAAGGUGGAAGGUGGGGGGAAACGCACGCCGCCCAAAUAGCUAUCGAAAAAGGGAUCGCAUUAUAAUCCCAACCCAACCCACCACAAUCCCUAAGAAGAAACAAAACCUCACCCCUAUUGAAAAAAACGUACUAAAGCUACCGAAAAUCCCGUCAAGAUGAUGAACUGGGCGAAACAAGCGCUGGCCAACGUGGCCGGCACCCAAGAGCCCAUCUAUGGCCCCUCCGCCAUUCGGUCGGUCUCCGAACAAGCUGCGACAGUUCCUUACACCGAGCUCACGCGCGAAGACCUCAAAUGGGUGAACAUGGACUCGACGUCCGUCGAGACGCAGGUUUUCUACCUGACGGCGGAUAGCGGACACAUUGCGUUCGUGCAGGUCAUUCACAGCAAUGUUGCUGGUAUCCGACGAACGAGCCAGUUUAAUACCAAGAUCUUCUAUCCCGACGGCGCCAAGCCGAUUCUCUGGGCCUCUGACCCGCUCAGCGACGUCGAUUUCAGCGACGAUGGAGUGAACUACUACGCCGAGAACCUGGCUGUGGAGUUGUCCGAGGACGGGAAGACGUACACGAUCAAGUCGAUGACGAACAAGACUGCCAUCGUCAACAUCACCAUGACCCAGACGGCCCCUGGCUUCCAGGCUGGGAAGGACGGGACCACGCUGUUUGGCACGGACCUGGAGAACCCAUGGGGCAAGAUGAGACAUGUGUUCUGGCCGCGGAACAAGGUUGAGGGCACGAUCGUGACAGGUGAUGGGCCGAUUGAUUUUAAGGGCAAGGGAAUGUUUGUGUAUGCGCUGCAGGGCAUGAAGCCACAUCACGCGGCGGGGAAGUGGAAUUUUGUCGACUUCCAUGGCGACAAGUUCACGGCGGUCAUGAUGGAGUAUACGACCCCUGCGUCGUACGGGUCGACGAUUGUGAAUGUUGGGGCUAUUGUUAAGGAUGGGGAGGUUAUCAUGGCGAGUUCGCCGAAUAAGGCGACCCAUGUCACCACAAAGAGCGACUCUGAUAACGACUGGCCUGAGCCGGCUACGGUUAAGUAUGAAUGGAGCGGUAAGACUAAGGACGGUAAGACUGUCGAGGCGGUUCUGGAGACUGCGCUGGGGGGCAGGCUCGAUAGGAUUGAUGUCAUGGCCGAAGUCCCAGGGUUCGUCAAGACGAUUGUUGCCAACACCGCUGGCACAAAGCCAUAUAUCUACCAGUACUCCCCAACCGCCGCCCCCAGCUUGAAGCUGAAGAUUGGCGAGGAGGAGGAGGUUGUUGAGACGGGUAAGCUCUUUGCAGAGGCCACCUUCAUCACGGCAUAAGUUUGAAUCAUCACUCAAUAUCGUUCCGUCCGUCGUUUUGGCCUCGGAGAUUGGCGUUUGUAAACUGGAGGUAAGCACACUCGUUGGGCAAAUUGGAGAUAAUGGGAAUUAUUGCAUGUAUGUUAGAUAGCACUUAAUAGAGUCUAGAAUUGACUUGAAGUAUA